AUGUCCGCCACGCGCGGCAAUGGGGAGCACUGGAAAUCCCUGGAAUCGGUGGGCAUCAGCCGGAAGGAGCUGGCGCUGGCAGAGGCAUUGCAGAUGGAGUACGACGCGCUCCCCCGCCUGCGGCAGGACAAGGAGGAGAACCUGGCCAAGCAACGGGGAGACCAGCCCCUCAUCUCCUGGGAUGACCCCACCGAGAGGAACGGCUGCGCCGGCAUCAAGGCAGCGCGUGGUCUCUCCGGCUCUGACCCCACGCUCAGCUACAACAUCCCGGUGGCACCUGAGGGUCCCCCCACACCCAGACCCCCACCAGGACCCAGCCCUACACAUCCAGACCCCCAGCCCUGGCUGAAGGGACCCCUGGCUGGGGACUACCUGUACAUCUUUGAUGGGUCAGAGGGGGACUUCCUUGGGGAACCACUCAACGGCACCUCACCCCACAACGGUGGGGGCAGCUCCCCCAAAAAGAUCUCACCACCCCCGCUGCCCCCCCGGCACCUCCUCUGGAGCUCCCCUGAGGGGGGACCCAGCUCAGGGAAGGGGUCCCCCCCAUCCUCCAAAGGACCCCAGCCCAGGGACAUCAACAUGUUCUCGGCAGCCCACGAGCGGUCUCACGGCAAGCUGCUCGGCCGCCGCAUCUCCGAGGAGGACCCCUAUGGCAUCUCCGACUAUGGUGGCAUCAACGAUGCCAUCACCUGCCUCAACCUGAAGUCCACCUACGAGUCAGAGGUGCUGCGGGAAGCUGCCCGUGGCUGGAAGGAGGGCAGGAGCAUCUUUGAGAAGGAAUCAAGCGGCAAGCCGGUGGCACGGAGCAAGACCAUGCCCCCUCAGGUCCCACCACGGACGUACGUCUCUCGCUUCGGCAAUCGGAAGAAUCUGGCACCGAACAAGAACUGCAGGAUCUCCAUCGAUCCGGUUGCCCCCCGGCCACAUUCCUUCACCAAUGGCUACGAGCUCUUCGAGGUCUCGGAGGAGCGGGAUGAGGAGGUGGCUGCUUUCUGCCACAUGCUGGAUGUGCUGCGAUCUGGCUACAGCACCGAGGAUUAUUCCCUCACCGGCUUGGUGUGGAGCGCCGUCAACCUCAGCCCCGAGCAGCUGGGCCACGGCGUCAGCCUGAAGGUGACAGUGGUGUGUGACAGCCUACGGGAGCCUCUCACCUUCACCUGUGACUGCUCCUCCACCGUGGACCUCCUUAUCUACCAGGCACUGUGCUACACUCACGAUGAGCUGCACACCAUCGACGUCGAGGACUUUGUGCUCAAAAUCUGUGGCUUGGAGGAGUUCCUGCAGAACAAACACGCUCUGGGCAGCCACGAGUACAUCCAGCACUGCAGGAAGUUUGACAUCGACAUCCGCCUGCAGCUGAUGAAGAGGAAGGGGGUGCGCAGCGACCUGGCCCGGACGGCAAACGAUGACCAGAGCCCUUCCACCCUCAACCACUACAUCCAUCUGCAGGAGAGACCCAUCAAGCAGACCAUCAGCAGGCAGGCCCUGAGUCUCCUCUUUGACACCUUCCACAAUGAGGUGGAUGCUUUCCUGGCAGCUGAGGGAGACUUCCCACUGAAGGCAGAGCGAGUGAUCCAGUCGGUCAUGGCCAUCUGCAAUGCCCUGGCUGCCGUGGAGUCCCAGGAGAUCACAGCUGCCCUCAACCAGAUGCCCCCCUGCCCCUCCCGCAUGCAGCCCAAAAUCCAGAAGGAUCCAAAUGUUCUGGCCAAGAGGGAAAAUCGAG